GGGGAAGGGCGGCGGGCCGGGCGGUGGAGGAGCCGCCAUGGCCGCCGAGGGGGACGUGGAGCUGGAGCUGGAGACGGAGCCCAGCGGCCCCGAGCGGCCGCCCGAGAAGCCGCGGAAGCACGACAGCGGCGCGGCCGACCUGGAGCGCGUCACCGACUAUGCGGAGGAGAAGGAGAUCCAGAGCUCCAACCUGGAGACGGCCAUGUCGGUCAUCGGAGACCGCCGCUCCCGGGAGCAGAAGGCCAAGCAGGAGCGGGAGAAGGAGCUGGCGAAAGUCACCAUCAAGAAGGAGGAUCUGGAGCUGAUAAUGACAGAGAUGGAGAUCUCGCGUGCGGCCGCCGAGAGGAGCCUGCGGGAACACAUGGGCAACGUGGUGGAGGCCCUCAUCACCCUCACCAACUGAUUCCCCGUGGCCCCUUGCUGGGACUUGUUGAAGUAAAGGCGUGCCCUUCGCCACCUC